CGCGAACGAAGAGGGAAUUUGUGCUCCCUUUCUCCCCCCAUUUGUUCCCAGCCGAAAUCAUACGCCGUCUCUGGAAAGAAGGCAACCGGAGAUUCCUAUUGACUAAAUGCAGGAACUUUGAUUGCUAAACAUUUGCCAGCAAACAAAAUCAACUCUAGAUAUAUAUACAUCUAACUUCCUAAAGGUUUGAGUUCAAUGGAAUAGUUGCUCUAGAUAAUUGUUAUAGGAUAGACAGUUCGUGAAAGAUGAAGAAAUGGUCUGGAGCUGUUAUAUUAGUAUUUCUGUUCACUUUGCUGAUUCUGAGGUAUGGGAUAUUGGAGAAUCCCCUAGCUGAAAGAUUGUUGCCAAGUCCUUUAUCUCGCAAUUCAUCUGAACCUCUUGAUUGGUUGGACUCUGCAUUGCCUGCAAUUCAAAAUCCAGGGAAUGGAUUUCGUGUAGUUUCUGCUAAUGCCAUAGUCUCCCGUCUUUUUGCACCAAGAAACCUCUCUGAUGCAGAGCAACAUUCAUUGCAAACAUGGAAUCAUUUGGAUCAUCUAAUAAAUUAUUCCAAUCAGUUACCUCAAGCUAUUGAGGCUAUCAGGGAAGCUGGAUCUGCAUGGGAAGACCUUAUGGCUGUAUUCGAGGAUAAAAGAUCAAACAGAAGUACACAGCAGAAAGUUAAAGAGAAACAAUGCCCUUAUUCUAUAAAAAAAAUGAACAUUACAGAAUUUGGCUAUGAUACAUUUAAGUUAAAACUUCCUUGCGGUUUGGUUCAGGGUUCUUCGAUAACUCUAAUUGGUACUCCUGGUGGCCUUCUUGGUAACUUCCGUAUUGAUUUAAUAGGAACAGCUCCAGGUGAACCUGAUCCUCCUAUCAUCUUUCAUUACAAUGUCCGCCUUCAUGGUGACAAAUUAACAGAGGAUCCAGUGAUUGUCCAAAAUACAUGGUCUGUAGCUAAUGAUUGGGGUGCAGAGGAGCGUUGUCCUUCAGACACUCACCCUACUAGUAAGAAAGUGGAUGAUUUGGAGCAAUGUAGUGCAAUAGUUGGUAAUGACGAGAAAGGGAUCAUUGCAUCUGAUAAGCAUCAUAAUGUUUCUAGAUCAGUUCCACUCAAAAAAGGGGGCAAUAAGCCGAGAAGAUAUUUCCCUUUUAAGCAAGGAUAUCUUUCCAUUACUACCAUUAGGGUAGGCAUCGAGGGAAUCCAAGUGACUGUAGAUGGAAGACAUAUAAGUUCAUUUGCUUUCCGAGAAACCUUGGAGCCAUGGCUUGUCAAUGAAGUAAGGAUUUCAGGGGACAUGAAGUUGAUAUCAGUCCUUGCCAGUGGCUUACCUACAUCAGAGGACUUAGAGCAUGUUAUCGAUUUAGAGUUGUUAAAGUCAAAUCCUUUGCCCAUACACCAAGCUGUCAAAUUUUUUAUUGGCAUCAUUUCAACAGCAAACAAUUUCAAACAUAGAAUGGCAGUCAGAAGAACAUGGAUGCAAUACGAUCUUGUACGUACUGGAGCAGUUGUAGUGCGCUUUUUUGUAGGCCUGCAUAAAAAUCAAAUGGUAAAUGAGGAGCUUUGGAAUGAGGCUUCCACAUAUGGAGAUAUCCAACUGAUGCCAUUUGUUGACUAUUACAGUUUGAUUACCUGGAAAACCAUAGCCAUAUGUAUUUAUGGGACAAAUGUUGUAUCGGCCAAGUACAUCAUGAAAACAGAUGAUGAUGCUUUUGUUCGUGUUGAUGAGGUGCUUUCUGCAUUAAUGACAACUAAUAUCACAAGUGGGCUGUUAUUUGGUAGGAUCAACUCUGAUUCCCAACCACACCGAAAUGUGGAGAGCAAAUGGUACAUAUCACCUGAGGACUGGCCUAGCGAGAAAUACCCCCCUUGGGCUCAUGGUCCAGGAUAUGUGGUGUCACAUGACAUUGCAGAGGCAGUGUACAAGCAGCACAAUGAUGGUCAUUUAAAGAUGUUCAAGCUAGAGGAUGUUGCAAUGGGCAUAUGGAUAGACAAGAUGAACAAGAACGGGUCAGGUAUUAAAUAUGUGAACGAGGGGAGGAUUUAUACAGAUGGUUGUGAGGCCGGGUAUGUUCUUGCCCAUUACCAGGAACCACGGGAAAUGCUAUGUCUGUGGCGGAAACUUCAGGAGACGCAAAGAGCAAGAUGCUGCGGAGAGAAGCAAUAAUUCUGGUGUUUGCCCUGAUUGUCUUCAUUCAUGGUUUGCAAAUUCACGCCUUGUGGUAUAGUAAAUGCUACCAACUUUGCAGGAAGAGGACAUCUACAUAGAUAUUGGUCAUCCUUGAAAUGAUUGUCUUGGAAAGGUUAUUGUGAUGGCCUAAACAAGCCCUCUUUUGAUGGCUGACCAACUACAGUGUUUAAUCUUCUGGUGGUUCUUGGAAAUAUUUAGUGAUUAGUAAUUUCCUCUAACCAUAGGCUUUUGAUGGUGCCAUACUCUAGUUAUCACAGAGAGAGAGAGAGUUAUUUAGUCUUGUGAAAUUUCCUUUGUUCUUGUAUUCAAGGGAGAUAUUUACUGUAUCAGAGAACCGAGUAGAGAACUUCGUUGAUUGUAUGUUUAGAAAACAUAAUCAUAUAGCAAAAUUGCCAUUCUUUUUUCAGGAGAAUUCUCAAAAGCUGUGUG